AUGAGUCUCCUGCUCGCUCAACCAGCAGAACAGGAAUACGUACCAAAGUAUUUGUUCCUCAGUGCUGACGGAACACGCGAAACAUGCAAGAGUCGUCACGUUAUGAAAGAGUUCUUGCGAAAGCGCGAUUCUAUACGACGUCAGAAGCAGUCGGCAGCAAGAGCACAAAGCCGUGUACUCCCCUGGCUACGGCGAGAGGAUAUGCAUCAACCGCUCGAUGUUGGUGGAGAUACUUGUUUGGAGACCAUGGCCACCUCUCCCUCGUCGCCGUCCUACGAAGCAAGCUCGAGAGCAACCACACCUCAACAGUCUCAAUGGACAAGCGAUGGCAGCACCGCUGAUCCGCACGAGUGCUCCUCAUCCAGCUCCUCGACCUUGAAUCCUUACUACGCAACACAAAAUAUGCCCCAAGGUUCACAUCGGGGCUUGAUAGACUACAUGUAUCGUGUUCUGAUCUGUCGAUUAAACGAAACAAGCCUAGAGAACAACCAUUCGUCGCCAACAUCACUAUUGAACAAUUACGUGCUAAGUCGAGCCUUACCUGCGCAGUUUCUCUAUGCUACCAUUAGCUUAAGCAGAGACAAUCAAUCUGUCGCUGCCAAGCCGUCUCCAGAGACCAUCUCAUUGCUCCUUGACGGGCUCGGGUUUCUAAAGGAGCAAAUUCAAAGACCAAGCGGCAUUUCCGAUGAUAGUAUACUAGCCGUGAUCAACUUAUGGAUGUAUGAAGCAACAUUACUUAUGGAUGUACCUCCCGUACAAACCGCCAGAAGGGCAAUGAAAUCCCCCCCGUUCCUUUCGGCUGCAGAUCAAAGGAAAAUUGAGGCACAUAUCGACGGCCUUCAAAGAUCGAUAGCAUGUUAUGGUGGUCUUCAGGCACUUUCAGCCGAGUGUCUGUAUGCGCUUGCUUGGUGCGUAUCAAGCAUGCCAGGAUACUUUCCCCUCUCAAAAUUGGCCAGCCCGCCUUCAAAUAGCACUUGCUCUUUCCCGGCCGCCGAUAUUGCACGAGCUCCCCUCGCUGGACUAUUUGAGAAACUCGCAAAAAUCCAGGCGAUGAUGGUGUCCGUUGGGUUUCGAUGCGCUGUCCUCCACCGCACGGAGUUUCUGCCCUUAAGGACUGUACUAUAUCGCUUAGGAACCAUGCUCCAUUCGCGCAAAUGCCAGAAGACAGGCCUACAGAAACUUACAAGAUCAACUUCUACGGUGUCCAUUAUGCUCUUCAUUGUCAAUAUCAUUUUUGGUAGCCUUGAGCAUCCUGAGCUGACUCCCUUGUCGCGGAACGACGAACUGCUCAAGAUGCAACAACGCUUGAUUUCUCAAAGACUUGAUCAGGAAGGUUCCUUUGAGAAGGUGUGGCAGGUUUUGAUGAUGGGAGACGAUUCAAUGUCAUUACAGCUCCACCCACGGGCUUGGUCAAUCGCGGAAACGACUAACAUUCUCAAGCGCUUAAAUCUCACCACACUUGACUCACUCUCCAAGAUGUUGAUGGGCUUUCUGAUACCCGGCGUCUGCGGCGAGAUUGGGGAGUAUGGCUUCGAAAAGCUUGUGCUACAGAUACACUCCGAACUAGAUGGACUUCCAGGCUUAUCAUAG